AUGCGCGCGUGCAUUCGCACGACUCGACAUCGCUUAGAAUCGCGGUCAGACGAGGUGGAGACCACCAUUGCGUCGCUCAUGGCGCAAAGCGCUCCAGGGAUGAAGGAGCUUAAUGAAGAAGAGGCAGUCAACCAGCUCUUCUCGUUAACAGUGUUCGCCUGCUACGAACACAUAGACAACCAAACCAUCGCUGAGGUUCUUGGGGGUGCAGAGCAGCUUGGCGACGAGCAGAGCUCUGGAAUCUUCAGGGAUGUGCUGUCUGCACGGCGACCAAGCCGGGAGCAAGUCGAGCUGUACGAAGCAGUCGUCCAGGAGGAGCAGACCCGAUUGCUUGAACAGAUGACGCCGGAUGAGAUGCCCGGUGCUUUGGGCAACAUCGGCCGGAAGAUGUCCACUUCAACGAAGGUCGCGUACGUGGUCUGCGUGCUGGCAGGUUUGGCUGUCUUCGGCGGCUGGUCCCUGUGGAGGAUGACGCAGUCCAAGCCUUCCAAAGAAAGGAGCACCAAGUCCCAAAGGCAACAAGUGAAGGCCGAGGCGCGCUUGGAGAAGAAGAGGAGGUGA